GAUAGCAGUGACAAACUUGCUCACUCUUCACAACCUAUCUGUUCCCACAGCCCGCCAUGAGCAACAUUGCGGAGCUGGAUAUAAGAAACAUGACUUCAAGACACCUAUCAUGCUCCUAAAGCAAACAGCAAUUACAUUAUGCUCAAGCAGCCAUCUCUACUCCAGCUCUGCUAGUCUUCCUUUCUUUGCAACGUCAUCAUGUUCCUCUAAACUGCGGGGUCCAACCUGCAGUCUGCCAUCGCCAUGUGGUGGCUGCACAUUGCCACGCACCCGAGGCUACGCCACAACCCAUUAUGGACACAACCACAAUGCAUAUAGGGCAUCCCAUAGAAAGAAGAGUUCACCGAAUACACGGCCCCCCCUAUGGCCAACCUCCUCAGAGCCUACACCCUACGAGAUUUUCGACCUGCCAAAGAGUGCCCCUUACGACAAAGCUCAGUUCUACGAGCUUGUGAAGCUCUACCACCCUGAUCGCCAAUGGCAUACCCUGCACAAUGGCAUUCCACAUGUCACAAAACUCGAGCGCUAUCGUCUGAUUGUUGCUGCCAACGACAUUCUCAGCAACCCCGAAAGGCGACGGCUAUAUGACCUGUAUGGGGCUGGUUGGGCAGGGCAGUCAGAUAUGCAGAACAACUACCGAGCAGCCGACCGGAUGUGGCGACAGGAGCCUGGAAAUCCAAGCAUGAAUGCCACAUGGGAGGAUUGGGAGCGGUGGUAUAAUGAGCGAGACGGCAAGAAGCAGGAACCCGUAUUUAUAUCCAAUGGUGGCUUUGCUGGCAUCGUUGUGCUCUUUGUGCUUAUUGGCAGUGUGGCACAACUCACCAGAGCUGAAACCAACUCGACAUACCUGGUCGAUAUGCGUGACCAGAAGAACAGCCUGAUCAGCAAUGACCUGCGCAGGAAGCACGUUCAGAGCAUGGGAUUGAGUCGACGUGACAGGGUGGAGAGCUUCUUGAAGCAACGGGAAGGCUGGGAGCAUGACCGGCUGUCUAGACACAGCCCCCUAUUGCAUGACCCUGGCGACAAUGGCGACAAAUGAGAACAGAAUGUUAAAGAGACGAGUCAAUUCAUGAGUUUGCGACAGACCAGGACAUACCUUUACAGCUUCUCUUGCCUACCCACCAAGUAGCCAGUGCCCCAUGACAUGGCCAAGUGGUUCACGUGGCCCCCUGUGGUCCCCCCAAAACCUCUGCCACCGCCUUUGCUCAUCCAUAUGCAAAGCCUUAUUUGUCCGCCUCACCACCACAUGAUUCUGGCCCACAGAGAUCAGAAUUGAGGGUGGCCUGUAAGCAAACCAG